AUGAUCACUGAAGGACAAAACAUCAACCUCUCCCAGCUCAACUCCGAGGAGGACUGCCUCGACAUGCUCAAAAUGAUCCUCAAUCAUUCACAAGCCGGAUUCGAAAGCGACGACGAGGCUGAAAUCGUCACUGCCGCAUGCGAUCGAGUAAAACUUUCUCGUGGCCCAUCAAAUCGUCAGGCUUUUCGCGAACAUGCAAAACUUCUUCAGCCAAAUAUGAAUCUUUACUUCCUCCUCGGAGACGGAGACAACAAAGAAGAGAUCCAGAAAGAAGCUGACGAAAACGGCGACUUGAUAGUGGGAGAUUUUGAAGAUACGUAUGACAACUUGCCGAUAAAAACGUUUCUUGGGUAUCAAUUUUACAAUGAUUUUUGUCCCAACUCAGACCUGCCUGUGGCCUUUGUUGACGAUGAUACGCUCGACGAAAUGUUCUGCCUCCGAGGGCGCCCGAUUUCCUUGCGAAAACCACCAUACUCCGGAAAAUACUUCAUCUGGCGCGAUCAGUGGCCUUCAAUUUAUAAUAUCCCAAGCUACUGCAACGGACAGUGCCAAGCUUGCACUGGAUACACUGCCAAAGAAAUCUACAAAACUGCUUCAACAACGCGCCGCCACGACUUUAGAGUUGAAGACCUCUUUUAUACAGGAAUUAUUCGAAAGAAAGCGGGACUCGCCCGGCCAAAAUCCUUGGAAGAAGCGCACUGGAAGGAAAAGAGUUCAAAAGAGACCAUGUGCCUCCAUUUUCCAGGCAUUCAAUACGAAGGAUUGAUGAAGAAAUUCGCCGCAUAUAAAGAACAUCGUCUUCAAGAUAUUUACCAAGAUCGAUCAGCAUAA